ACACAUAUUGUCUUUUCUUACAGUCUCUGAGCUUCUGCACUCAACCGCUAGGGUCAAUCCGUAUAAAUUCGAACAAAGGGAGUAAUUUGGACAAUACUUCUUCCCAAGCACACUAAAUCUAGCCCCAUGCCUUCAGUGCCUACAGCGCUUUGAUUAUUAUAUCAUAUGACGUUGAUUGGUAUUAAAUUGAAACACGCACGUGGAGACAACUUGGAACAAUCAUACGAUAAUCUUCCUGCAUACAAUUAUUUUCGCUGUCAAACGUUCGUUCAGAUCAAUAGCAUUGAUUAUGUCGAAUGAAGUGGUGUGAAUUAUUUUCAUUAUAUUCAAUUGUAACAUUCGUUAUUUGCAUUACACGUUUAAAGUGUGGGGCGAACUAUUGCAUGUUUUCCACAACGACUAUAACUCGACGUGAAAUGAUGGCAUGUUAUGCAAUUCAAAGUACAUGUGUAGUGUUUAUAUUAUUGAUUAAUCCUGCCAGAACAGAAAACGCACUGGGAUAUUUAUCAGUGAGAAAUCCAGUGUUUGUCGGCGGGAAUAUUACACUGAUGUUAAUCCCGUUUUAUCACGCGUUUUUAACGGACAUUGAAAACUUGAAAUUGCAAGUCAUAUUUAGAAAAGACAGUGCCGAAAAGGAAAUACAUGAGGCAAUCCGACCAUUUGAAAACGGAAAAGCUUUCUUUAUGGAGAUUAGAAAUGUCGACAAGACCUGGAAUAAUUCUGCUGUUUUCUUCAAAUACAGCAAUACAGUGUCCAACUUCGUUGACCUCACAAUAAAAGAUCGCACGGAAGGUCUUCUACACAUUCUGUCCGACCCCUCUCAGCCUGAAGACAGUGCCCAGAUUGCUUUUUAUCCUCCUGUGGGUUUUCAGGAUUGGAAGCAAAUUUUCCAAUGGUGGUCAAAUCGAUAUGGUGGAAACGUCAACGAUGCAAAUAAAGAGGAAAUAAUUUUUACGAUAAAAAUAUUUAACCACAGAACACUCUUUUUAGAAUACUUCCAUAAAGAUUCUCCUAUGAACAUUAGCGCAACAGUAGUGUCCGCGCACAAAGGCGUAGGUCCUCCCUGCACUAAUCGAGAAUGUGGCCACUGCGUGUGUGUCCAUCUAGGCGAGGACUUCACGUGCUCCACAGAUGGACGCAUGUUAGCAAUGUGGAUUGGCUCUGAAAACGUGGACUUUGACCAAAUAAUAGACACAAGAAAUGAAGUGAAACAAUAUAGGCCGCAUAAUGGCUCAAUUAACGAACGCCAUCACAAUAGUACUAUUGUCUGCUUUAUGGAGAAAAACGGUUUUGUUUUCAACGAAAGCGCCACUUUGAUCGUACUCGGUCGUCCAGUGCUAAGUUCGCAAUGCAGUGUGGACAACUGUUUCAAUUGUCUGUGUGUCAGACCUGGAGACAUGAUAAGCUGCAUAACAUAUAGCACCAAUGUCUCCCUCUGGAUCGGAAACAUACAAUUACGACUACAACGCACACAAACUGACAGCCAGUCCACAUAUACCACUGUGAAUUAUACGAUCAGAGAGGAAGAUCAUCACUCCAUUGUCAAAUGUUCAGCGUCUUAUGACAACAAAGAGGUGGUUAAUGCUUAUGCAAUCGUGUACGUUUACGUACCACCAAAGUUAAAACCGGAACUAUUUCUACCAGAAUUAAAAGAGGGAUAUCCAGUGAAUAUAACCUGUUUAAUAUCACAAGGGAGACCCCCUCCUGUUCUACAGCUGUAUCUCGAGGGUCAAAAACUCACUGACGUGUCUCAGCAUAAUAUGAAGGACACAACCAACCGAACUUAUACAAGUGUUGCUACAGUUAAGUCGGCUGACAGAAUGUGGAACAAUAAAAACAUUACCUGCAGAUAUUUAGUGACGUAUCCGGACGGUCAAUACGAUUCUGGGCUCUCGACGACAAAAACGGUGAACUAUAAAUAUCCUCCUUUAGGACUAAUUAUACUCUACCCACAAACCCCUGCACAUAUGGAAGCUUGGUAUCAGCUCUACAUUGGAUGUAUAUUGGUCAACGGAAAUACACAGUGUAAAUUAAAUUGGACGACAGAAGAAGACGACAUUAAAACUAUCGAUCUCCAAACAUCAAAUAUGACAGAAACAGUGUCUUUGCUGCAUGUCAAUGUCUCCGCCAACUCCUUAGGACACCGUAUUACAUGCUAUGCAGAGUGUGAGGAGUUCAAUCUACACCUUAAAGAGGAUUACAUUCUCCAAACACCAAAUACAUGCCCAACGACUAACAACAAACUUCAUCCAGUAAUUUACGCAAUAGCUGGGUCUUCUGUGAUAAUAACGAGUGUAAUUGUGAUAGCCUGCAUCAUUAAACGAUUUAAAUCUUCGAGGUCUAUUACUGAACGACAAGAAGACGUCACGCGUAUGCAAGUUUUCAGCCAUAAUGAUCCAGCUACAGAAGCAUUACCUGAAAACAGGGAAAUCAUGACAGCUUUUGAACAUCAUUACUAUGACAUCGAAGACCUUCAAACCGCACAUGCGCUACAUCAAUCUACGAUUCGGCAGCAGGUUACGGUUUCCCCGGAUGAACAGCAUAACCCAAAUCAUUUAACGCCACGGGGCUUAUCAGACCGAGUUAAUGAAAACUCAGCGUUUAACCAACCGGGACAAUGCACAUCCACGUGCCAUUCUACUGCCUUGCCGUAUGAGUAUCUGAAGAGAUCUAGUAGUGAUCCUGAACAAAAAUACACGGCUUUGAGAUAAUUCUAACAGAUAACAAUUAAAUCCACCACAUUCAAGCCAAACGAUAUCGUCGUCUCUAAAGCGGAUAUGGAAGACAAUAUUUCCAAGACAAUUGCUUAUAAUCUGUUUUAUUUCUUUUUUUUUUUAAAUUUUAAUCGCGAUUUUAUAAUGUCUUUUUUUAUUUCACCUACAUGUUUUGUAAAUAAUUAUAGGCCAAGUGUGAGAUUUGGAUCACCUUAAAUGUAAAGACACAGUUCAACUCCAGAAACAUUAUCAGGAUAUAUUUUCUUUCAAGCUAGUCUUUUAUUUAAGGCAAUUGACCAAUUAACUACAUUGAAGACAAAACAUAAAAUAGGGUGUUUAACAUAAAAUCAUUAAUAAAGCCGCGGUGUAUCGUAAAAGCAAAGCAUUGUUUUUUUAACCGGUUUAAGGGAUCCAAAACCUCAUACUCAUUCCAGUUUUAAUCAUUUUCGUAUGUUUUUUUUUUUGCAUAAAUGUGUCUUGACUUUAAAUUUGUUGUGUUAUCUCUGUUUAACAAUUGGUUCAUUUUCAUACAAAGAACGGCAUGGUAUGCUGAUGUUUUCCUACUGGUGCUGCAGCUGACAUUUCAAUUUCUUUUGUAUCUAUUUGUGUACGUCAUGAUUAAUAUGUAUAUAUCUGACCAACAUCUAUUAUUUGCUUUUUUAUCUGUAAGUCUGUUUGUAGGAAUAAUGCAUAUCUGCUUUUUAUACUUCCGUUGUGUAAUUAAAUGGUAUUUUAAUUUGACAUUUAUUAUAUGUUUUUCUUGAAUAAUGACGCUUUCAUAUUAAUGUAAUAAACUCUUAAAUUUUG